AGUAAGCCGGAGGAAGUGAAGACGGCCGUUCGGACCGCCAUUGAUUGUGGAUACCGCCUCAUCGAUACAGCUUACAACUACGUCAAUGAGGACGCGAUAGGUGAAGUCGUAGAGGAGGCUUGUAAGGCAGGAAAACUGAAGAGGGAGGAUAUGUUUAUUUGUACUAAGCUCGGCAGUAUCUACACCCGACCUUCGGAUGUCGCAUUUUCUAUGUCCGAGAGUCUGAGAAAACUUCGGAUGUCUUAUGUUGAUCUAUUCCUGAUACACACUCCUAUGGCGUUUAAGAAACCUGAGGAUCCCAACAAUGUUUUCCCCGUGAAAGAUGGCCGUCUGGACACUGAACAAAAGGUAGACAUUGAAGGGGUUUGGAAGGAAAUGGAAAAACUCGUCGAUCAAGGAAAGACUAAAAGUAUUGGCAUAUCAAAUCUGAACGCCGCACAGUUGGAGCGCAUUCGUAAAGUCGCACGCAUAAUGCCAGUCACUAACCAGGUCGAGUGCCAUGCCUACUUUCCUCGGACCGAACUUGAGGAGUACUUGAAAAAGUAUAACAUGCCGAUCAUGUCUUAUGGACCAAUCGGAUCGCCAGGGAGAUUAGCUUUUAAAAGUGUCGAUAUCGAUAACGAGUCCGAUGUUCCUGUGCUGUUGAAAGAUCCUGUUAUUGCCAAACUUGCCACAAAAUAUAAUAAAACUCCUGCUCAGAUCCUUUUACGGAACUUACUUCAGAGGAAUAUCAUAGUCAUCCCGAAGAGUGUAACACCAAGCAGAAUUCAAGAAAACGGAAACGUGUUCGACUUUCAAUUGACAUCGGAGGAUAUGGACACAAUUGCAGGAAUUGACAAAGGACUUCGAUUGUUCAAAGCCGAAAUAAUGGCUCAUCUGGAUGACUACCCAUUCAACAGUCUUGUGUAAAAUGAUUGGUUGGACUCCAUUCGAACUAAGCAAGGAUAGAUGAUUGUCAGAUUGGCAAUACCCACUGUAGAUAAUUUGAAAGUCAUGUGUUGUGAAGUAUGAUAUUUUGAAAUAAAUCCAUAAGUUCUCAACAUUUGAACAAAUUAUAAAUCUGGACAGAAAGGGAAGAUGGAUAUAUGUUGAAAGACACUAGCAGCUGUUGAUAAGUUGUGUUUACUUUUAACAAACGACCAAUAACAUAAACAACACAUCUUGGACUAGUAACUCUAUUGAAGGUUUUGUACAUUUGUGUUUAUUAUUUAUGUAGUUGUGCGUAACUGCAACAUGAUACAUUGUUAUAGUUUGGAAACUAUAUAAAAUCAUUACAAUGACAAUAAUAUAAAAUAUAACAUAAAAGAAUUCUCUCUUCAUAAUGAUUCAUUUCAAACAUGUAUGCAUGAAUAUUGUUUCGGUAAUAAAAAUAGUAAAUGAAAAAAUUGUUUCUUUAAUGCGGCUGAUUUGACAACACUUUUAACAAUCAAGUUGUGACAGCUAAACGUCUAAAGUUUACUGGCUUAAACUUGACAUGUUGGAAUUCUGUAUAAUUUAGUCAUUGCAUCGCCAAAAUAAAUUUGGUGAUAUUUUUCAAUUUUUAAAUAUGUUAUCGUUGAUACAGAUGAACUGCAGAUGAUACAGAUAUAAAGAAAACAAUAUAUGCACCAACAAACUGAAAAGACAUCAGGCUAAGCUUAUAUCAGUCUUUUCCCAUUUAAUGUCCGAUAUCCACUCAUCAUAUAUAGAGGAAAAGCAAUAUUGUUUUUUACAAUAAAAGUACUUAAAAUCUCUCGCUUUCAAACUCCAAUCACACUUGCCAUGUAGUGAGAUAAUCACACCAACAAAUGGACAAAUUAUGGCUAG